AUGGAUUGGCUCACCUUCUCCCUCUCCAACCAGCAAUGUCUGCUGGAUGCCUUCAACGCCUCCCCGCACGACCACCACCACGGUACUCGCCGUCUACGAUCUCGCAUCGUGAUGAUCUCCCCAGGGAACUUCCUGGGAUGUUUUCUCGCCCGUGUGGCCAUAUAACCUCUCUCUUAUUGCUGCUCAAUGAUCGGCGUACGCGUAGGCAUGGUGGCGGCGGAGGGGCGAGAGGACCUCUCCGGCGGGCCCAAGCUCGAGGACUUCCUCGGCGGCGUGGGGGAGCCGUUGGGGCGGUACUCCGGCGACAGCGCCACCACACAGCCGGAGGCCGGCGGCGGCGGCGGCGGGAUCUACGACUCCGACCUGAAGACCAUCGCCGCCGGAUUCCUCCGCUGCCCGGCCGACCAGCUGGAGCCAGAUGGCAAAACCAAGGCGGCGGGGGCAGCGGAAGCGGUGCCAGAGCAGAAGAAGGCGGUGGACACCUUCGGACAGAGAACCUCCAUUUACCGCGGCGUCACCCGGUAGAAACAAGAAUGAAUUACCCUCUGUAGAUUAAAAGUAACCGCAGCUAACCGCCGGCUUCGCUCAGUCUAAAGCUAUCCUCUUUCUUCGUCUUCUCAGGCACCGGUGGACGGGGCGGUACGAGGCGCACCUGUGGGACAACAGCUGCCGGAGGGAAGGACAGAGCCGGAAGGGACGACAGGGUACUGCUUUCUUUCUCUAUUUCCGCCCCCUAAUUCUCCUUAUUUUCUGAGUAUUCCGACCUCGAGAAGCCCACAAAGGUGCACCGAUGUGGAUCGCCGUGGUGCAACGCCUGGUCUUGUACCCGUGUGUGCUAUCGUCUAACGUCUGCUCUCCUUUUCCCAACGGCGGCCGCCGGGAAUGUCCUUACCGGGCGGCGUUCGACGGGACUCGUCUUCACCUGAUCGCAGUCUAUCUGGGUGAGUUUCGCCGGCAGCUUUAUUUCUCAGGAAUUUUCUUUUAUUUUCUCGCGGCUGAAGAAUUUUUCUCCACCAGGCGGAUAUGACAAGGAGGAGAAAGCUGCGAGGGCAUACGAUCUUGCCGCUCUCAAGUACUGGGGGCCGACCACGACGACCAACUUUCCGGUACGCCGCCGCCUCCGCUCUUCUCCGCUGCGGCCGCCUUGUGUGGGUGUGUGUGAUAAUAUUAACUGGUGAUGACGGCGACUCCCCAGGUGUCCAACUACGAGAAGGAACUUGAGGAGAUGAAGAACAUGACCCGGCAAGAGUUCGUCGCCUCGCUGCGCAGGUCUGUCUGUGUGGGUGCUUCCAUGGUUAUUAUCCUCAUUCCCUGGGCGCCUCUCGCCGUUUCUAAUGCCAUGGUUUCUGCAGGAAGAGCAGCGGCUUCUCCAGGGGAGUCUCAAUGUACAGAGGUGUGACUAGGUCAGCCUCCUCCGCUGUCCGUCCAUCCUCCUACUGUGAUCGGGCGAUCUGAUUUGUCGCGUUCUAUCUUCACUAAGUUCUCGAUCGUCCACUCUCAGGCACCACCAACACGGCAGAUGGCAAGCACGGAUCGGGAGGGUGGCCGGCAACAAAGAUCUCUACUUGGGGACCUUCGGUGAGCAUCACUCACUCAGGCUCGAAGAUUUAAUGGAGUUAUCGGCCAUUUUUUCCAUCGAAAUGGAGAUUUAAUGGCGAGACAUGUCUGUCGAUCACCGCCGCAGGCACCGAGGAGGAAGCGGCGGAGGCCUACGACAUCGCGGCGAUCAAGUUCCGUGGGCUGAAUGCGGUGACCAACUUUGACAUGAGCCGCUACGACGUGAAGAGCAUCCUCGCCAGCAACCUCCCCAUCGGCGGCAUGUCCGGGAGGACUCCCACCAAAGCCACCGACUCCUCAUCGUCCUCUUCGGACGCGUCUAAGCAGGUAGACGGCCGAGACCUUGAUCUCGCCGGCGGCGGCGGCGGCUCGUCGGCGAACCAGAUGUUCGCUCUUCCUCUCAGGCAUGACCAGCAGCAUCAUCAACAGCACCAUGAUUACUGGUCCUUGCUGGCUCUCCACAACCAGCAGGCGCCUCCUCAGCAAGGGCAAGACAUGAACUCAUGCUUCGACCUCUACUCCUCCGGCGUGAACGUCGAUUUCUCCUCCCCCAGUGUCUUGCUCAACGGAGGAGGGAUGGUGCAACACCAGCACCAGCAGCCGCAGCUGGGCCAGAGCGCCGCCUGGUCGACGCCCCCACCCUACGCCACCGCCGCCGCCAUUGGGAACGCCUAUGAAGGUUCAGGGUAUAGCGGAGGGUGGGUGCAGCCGGCUCCUUCUUCCUCUUCCAUGCAUGCCUACCAGCAGGCUGUGAAGUCGAGCAUGGGGUUCUUCCAGACGCCCAUCUUUGGAAUCGAGUGA